AUGGAAUCCGCCGCUAGAAGAAGAGGAGGAGGCGUUUUCGAAGGCCUUUACAAGGUCCUUAUGCGCCGUAACUCUGUCUACGUUACCUUCGUCAUCGCCGGCGCUUUCCUCGGAGAACGGGCUGUUGAUUACGGAGUUCACAAGUUAUGGGAAAGCAAUAAUGUUGGGAAACGGUAUGAAGACAUUUCCGUGCUAGGGCAAAGGCCAGUUGACGAGUGA